UACAAAAACGAACUAAAACUAGAAGCAAAACGGCAACCUGAAAACCCCUUAUUCUCCACCACACUGACCCACUUGUCUUCCAAGGAAAAGUACUGUAGCUGGAUUAAGAUCCCUCUUUUCCUUCCAGAGAGUCAAACACACGAUGUCGACGUGAGGCAAAGCGUAAAGACUCCCGAAGGCAAAUGUCAGACGCUGUUUGAUAGUCCUGUCUCUCUGCCAGUCAGCUGCAUGAACGCAAAUUUUCUCCCACUUUGUGCUGCCAAAUCUUUCUUUGCAUUGACCUCCGUGCAGGGCUGCUACUGAAGUGAGCAGUGAGUCCAAAUCCUAACUGUGUGUGGGUUUCUGGACCCAAGCUAGAGUCCCACAGUGAGGAGAAAGAGCCAAAUGAACCCACUCUGCUGACGAAGUGGUGUUUUAUGGCUUCACAUACAUGCAUGAGCUAACACAAAUGCACACAAACACUUGCGAAACAUGCACAUGUACAAAAUACUCUGCUAGGCAGCAAGCCUAGUCAGUCUGGCCCAGGUGAUUUAAUCUGACUUGACUGGCUUGUUAAAUAUUGACAAGCGCUGAUGUGGCCUUGCUGUGGAGAGACGAGGAUUUAGACGAGACACUUCGCCGCAAAGGCUGCACAAAUGCCUGCUGCAUCAUCGUCCAACGCGCACACACCGCCGAAUGCAAACGCACACAUGCACAGUGGCAGGCAGCAGCUGAGACUCUGCACGGCAGCCGGGGCAGAAGAGGGGAACGGAGCGGAAGAAGAGGCAGGCGAACAGACGAGAGCGAGCGGGCAAAGAUGAGCCAGUUUGGGGACCGCGCCAUCGCGACGCUCAGCGGGAGGAUCCAAAACGCUCCCCUGUUGGAGCUCUUGGUGGAAUACAUGGAUGCCAACAAAUGCGUCGAUGAGCUUCUCAAGCAGCUUGAGGAAGAGCGGCGCAACGUUCGAAGGGAAAAGCUGGCUGUGGCUCGCCUGCAGAGGGAAGUCGCACGGAGCAAGAGUGAAGGAACAAUGCGUGAAAAGCUGAUCCACGAGCUAGAGGAAGAACGACGCCUGCGACUGGAGAGCGAGAAGCGUCUCCGGGAAGUGACAGAGGAGUCCGAGCUGGGACGAAUGCAGAUGGUUUCACUGCAGCAGCAAUUCUCCAGGAUGGAAGAGACGGUGCGGUCGCUGCUGCAGAAUCAGGGCAUCCUGGAGCAGACCGCUGUGGACACAGUGGACAUCAUGCAGGCCUACAAGCAGGAUAAACUCACAGAGGAAGUGCACAAACAGCACGACGGCCCUGCAGAGAAUGGCUCCCCACAGGCCGCUCAGCCACUGGCGGAUGCUGAUCCCGAUGCCGGCCAAGCUGAAGAGGACGGGGACAAAACCAAAGUCCUGCUGGAGCGCCUCAAGGCCCUGGAGGAGAAGAAUUCUGUCCUGGCCUCGGAGAACGAGAGCCAGAGGGAGCAGUAUGAGCGCUGUCUAGACGAGGUUGCCAAUCAAGUUGUGCAGGCGCUGCUAACCCAGAAGGAUCUGAGAGAGGAAUGUCUGAAGCUUCGGACCAGAGUGUUCGACCUCGAACAGCAGAAUCGGGCUCUUAGCGUCUUGUUCCAGCAGAGAAUCAAGCCUGCAUCAGACCUGCUCCUCCAGAAACUCCACUCUCGCAUCAUGGAUUUGUCUGCUGCAGAUUUGCUUCUGGAGCCAGAGAGAAGCAAGGCCUUCCUGCUUUCCAGAAAUACUGAUUCACCUUCUAAUGAGGUUCAGCUGAAUGGUAAAGCAGGUCUCCCUGUGGCCAAAUGCCUAAGCCAGCUGAGCCUUGCGGUCCCAGCGCCCGUUUACCCGCGCAGCAGCUGUAGCAGUAGCGAGUUGUCUCUGUCAAGUGCAUGUAGUGAAUACUCCAGCGGCUCAUACACGUGGAAUGACGGACGCUCCUGUGGGAAAAUGGCUUCUCUGACCUGGGAGAAGAGGCUGAGUUUGGGUUCGUCAGCCCCCAGUAAUAUCUGUGCCUCAUUGGAGGAGCAGCUGCCCACAAGGCACAAGGAGAGCCAUAUCCUAGAGGGACUGCGGAAACUCCAGAGGAGGAAACACAGAAGCCACUCUGCUUCGGCCAAGGUCCCCAAGUCAGGCUACAAAGACUGCAUGAACUCAAAUGAGGGCAUCUACUCCCUGGGGAUCAAGAGCAGCAGUAAAGGGGUGUCCAAACCUAUGCAUGUGGGAAGAAUUCCAGCUGCUGGACGCAAGAAGUUCUCCUACGAUUCUGAUGAUGCAGAUGAUGAACUGGCACAUUCCAGUCGUGGAGAUAACAUCCCCACCAAGGACACCUGGUUUUACUGUACGAGGCGCUCUCACAGUAUCUCAGACAGUUUAUGCAGCUGGGAAGGGGUACAGGACAAUGCAGAUGGAGGUGAUAGUAGCUCAGGUAUUGCAGUUACUAAACAACCAUCUGGUUAUGACUCUAAAGAGCGUCCUGAGAAACUCAUGAGUUUCAUUAACAGUCUUCUUCCUCAGGGGGGGCGGACAUCAGCGUUUAGUAAACCAAUCAAACUGCACUUAAAUCCCCCUGAUCUGGAGGGGCCCAAUCACCUCGGUGAUGUGGAUGACCCAGAGGAGCUCAACUCUGAAUCCAGUGACAUUCAAAUGCCCUUCACCCAGCCACCAGAGCAAGCUGAAAAAGACUCCAAGAGACUGUCUAGGGAUGCUGCCAAGCUGAUUUUACAACAGUGCUUGGGAAGGGAUCAGGUUCGCACCCAGUCUGCUGAUGGGAGGCCCAGGCCUUUCAGCUUAAUUAAGGAACCCAGAGGGGCCAAAUGUACUCAGUCUGAGGAAAGCAUUUUGGCAAUAUUUGAUGCAGAAGGAGAGCCUAUUGAGCUUUGUCCACAAAAGCUUGGGUCAGAUACCAAGGCUCAAGGUGGCCAGGUAGGUUGUGCUUAUGCAGCGCCACAGGACAGGCCAACAAGGCAGAGGUCAGGAAAUGCAAAAAACUACGCCAUUCUUGAAUCUCCAGAGAAGCCAUCUGAAUAUCAAAUAGGAACUGGCAAGACUGGCAACAGCAGAGAGGGCAGUGCAGAACGACUGUCAAUGCAGUUGACACCACAAAGAAAACUAAUAAAACCACCAAACAGUCGAACUAAUAAAGGACAUUGUAUUCUUCCCAUGAAUGAUUCUGCAGGUCCUAAAUCCAGUGCUUCAAAGAUACCUGGUCGGAACAAACCGUUAGGAUCCCCACUGAGAUUAUCUAAAGGAUCCACGACUGAACCAAGUAUCAGUGGGAACUCAGGACUCUCAGGCCAAGAUAAAUCCCCCUCUUCUCCCUCAGUUAAAAUGUCCAGGUUCAUCAAGACAUCAGGAAACAGCUCACAGAGCCCAAAGGCAGUCAGCUCCAAGCUUCCCAACAAGGCUGAAUGGAGUAGGGCCUCUAAUUCCCCUCACCUGUCAAGGAGAACCCUAGAGUAUGCCGACAGUGGUGAACAGCCAACCAGAGACAAACACUGUGAAACCAGCAAAAACAAACUCAGGUCCCCUUCUCCUCCCCCGCCCCCAGGGCGCUCCACCUCCUUACUGAUCAGACCAAAUUAUGAAGGGUCACCUCAAGCACAUAAACCAGCAGUGGCUCAGCCAACCACUGUGAGAGGCCCUCCCCCAAGUUAUCACACUUCACUUUUACCAAAUAUGCAAAGUACACUACCCAUUAAGGAUAAAGACUGUUUAGAGUUGGACGCAGGGUAUGGGACUGCACUUGCACCUCAAAAACUGGUUGAUAAAACCAGUCAGCACCUUCAGAAGUCCCCUGCCAUGACACAGACAUCUACUAAAGGCACUUCCAAGCGUAUAAUCACGAAAGACUACCUCCCUUCUGCUAACUCAGGGUGUGCUCCAGAACCUGAAAAUGCACCUAACAGCUCCAAGAAUGUUCCUCCUCCCUACAGUGCCCUCAGAGGGUCUUCAAUUCAAAUCUCUACCCAUGAAAUCGUCCACCAGACAGUACAGAAGACCCCAAUUAGUUUGCCAUUAUCGCUUCAAGACCCCACUCAUACUAAAACAGAGGUGCAAAAUGGUAAAACUGUAGUCAGCCCACCCAACUCAGCUAUGAUGUCACCCACCUCAGUGGAAAAAGCCUCAAAGACUCGUAUCCCAAUGGGGUUUAAAGCAUUUUUAAAAUCUCCCCCUAGCCAUAAAAAUAGUCCUUCUAUACCGGGCAAGCAAGAAAAGGAUCAUAUCAACUCGGUCUCCAAGGAGACAGUGACUUCAAAUGCUUCUACACAAUGUGACAGCGUGCAGCAAGUGUACAAUAUUGAUUCACCACCCAAGAUGUCCGUUACAGAGGGUAAAGGUGAGGCCCAGUGUAGGUUACUGGAAGAGGAAGGACACACAGCUGUAUUACCACAGGAGGGGGGUGUUUGCAAUAAGGGGAAAAGAGGUAGUCAGCUUUUUUCAAGAUCCAUAUCUGUUACUACUAAACCUCAUCUAAAGCCUGCCUUGGGUACGAAUGGGGCCAAAGCCCGUAGUCAGAGCUUUAGUGCCAAUUACAUAGAGAAACCCAACAUUAAUGGCCUUGACGGACCAGGCAAAAUUAGAACCCAGAUCAUCACCAACUCGGUGGAAAGGGGCAACUCCCUGUCAAGACAAAGUUCUUUGGAGGUACCCAGCUUUGGGUUAGCUGAGAGCCCUUUUCACUCUCCUAGGACCAGGCUCAGCCACUAUGGAGGCAUGACAUGCUCAAACAGUCACAAUAUCCUCCCUGAGAGAACCAUUAAAUCGGGUUCUAAAGGUGAGGGGUUGCAAGUUACAAUGAAGGAAGAGACAAUUACAUCACCUUCUCAGAAAGAAGUGCGUAACUUACUCAUCAGUGACAAGAUCGGUUUGAACAACAUUCAUAAGACAGCAAAAGGUGUCUCUAAUCCUCAGUUCCAGCCUCCAACCUCGUCUUGUGUCCAUAACACCGACAACCUAACACGAGACAUGGGAGGCAUAGCAGCCAGUACUAAUGAGUCAGACUUUAGCAGGGAAGUCAAAACCCAGACAGACUCUCCAAACAAACCCCCAGAUACGGAGGAGAAAAAAAUCAGCCCCACAGCCUGCACUAUUGAAGAGAAGGUCAUGAUGGGAAUCGAAGAGAAUGUGCAGAAAUGUCAAGAACAGGAGAAGGUCGCUGCCAACGAGGCCAAACAGAAGACAGGCCCCUCUCUGGCAAACUGGUUCGGCCUCCGUAAGAGCAAACUCCCGGCUCUGAGUGGGAAGAAAGCAGAUUCCCCCAAGGGGAAAGAGGAGAAGAAAGAGCUCAAGAUUGGAUCAGUGCUUGGUGGCAAGCAGAAGAAAGAUAAGAAGAAAAAUGAUAACCAGCAGAGAGACAGUCAAGAGGUGCAGAAUCUGUCUGAGGUGAACAACAAGCUGAGCUCCAUCAUGGACCACUGCAACAAUCAGAUGGGUCAAAUUGCCAGUCAGAUCCAGUGUACGACAGCCUUUAUCGGCAAAGACCAGUUUGUCAAAGAACUUCUUGGCAGGACGGCGCUGAAGGGUAACUGUGUGGCCGCAACGCCGCCUGGGAUCUCCACGCCGAGGAAACAUGGCGAAAUGAAGGGAGACAUGGAGAUCUGUUCAGAUACUGCUACCCUUUUGGUGACUCAGAAGAUCAACCUGAAGGCUGAAAAUGAAGAGGGACACAUCCCAGAUUCAGCUUGUCAAGAUCACAUGAUUGGCUCCAGCUGUCAGAUGAGAACCCUAGACAGCGGGAUCGGCACCUUCCCUCUCCCUGAUUCCGUCAACCGGGUCGCUAGUCGUCACAUUUCUGCAUGUGAACCCAGCCCCGAUGGGGCGACCACUGGCUCCUCUGAGCUCCAUCGGGCAGCUCCUCAGUCUUCCUACCCCGAUCCCUCGCAACCUGAUGUGAAAGUGCCUUUCCUCUCAAAAACCCGCCUACGUCCUCCUAAAAGCAUGGGUCACUCCCUAUCUGACCCCUCUGUGACCUGCAGCAGCCACAUUCAGGAUGCCCAGAGCCGACUGCCCAAACUAGCAGCUUCAGAUGUUAUCAGGACAAAGAGGUUGAGCCUGGGGUCCCCAUGCAGCAUCAUCUCCACAGAGGAGACGGAAGCAGAGAGGCAGAUGAACUACAAGGACCACUAUAUGCACAGUGAAAGAGCCCUGCGAGUGUGCACAUAUUCAGGAAGCAGCAGUGAAACAGAGACCGAACGUGAGGGAACCGGAAGCACUUUGGCCUCGCCACAGAGGACGCUGAUCCACAGAGCCAAGAGGAGUGAUUCAGCAGACCAGAAUGAGGAGACCCUGAAGAGAAGCAGUGUGGAGAAAUCCCUGUCAAUCAUGGACUACUACCAACACGAUGUGUUUCAUCUGGAGAAGGAGACCAGGAGGAUUUCCCAGUACAAUCUGCUGCACGAGGAUGCGCCUCUGGAUGGCAAAGCAGGAGACAGACUCAGUAAGGAGAUUGCUCUGGAGAAGACGCCGGUCAGUGGAAAGCAGCAGGUCUGUCUCGACUUCUCUUUAGAGUCCCUGAACAAGCUGAAUCACAGCAGCGGCAGCCUCUACCAGGACACAGCGCUGGGAAGCCACGCCAAUGCUGGGAGGAGCGUGGAGGACUGCUGCAAUGAGCCGUCCUCCUCCAGCUUCUCCGGCAAAGCUGGGGCCGACCCUGUGGGCUCCCUGAGCGACUCGCUGUACGACAGCUUCUCCUCCUGCACCAGCCACGGCUCCAACGACGUCUAGAUGCCUGGUUCACCGCUCGUCUGGCCUCCUACACCAUUCCCUUUUCUUCUUCAUAUCCCACAAUUGAUUGAUCAGAUGUUCAAAAGUAGAGAAGGCCUCAGCAGUGGAGUUUCUCCAUUUAGACCUAGGAACUCCUGAUACUCCAUCAUAACAAGCCGCAAAUCUACAACUGUUAGCACUUAGUGAAGCUGGACACACCUCCACCUAAACACCUGAUUUAAGUCUGGAUGUGGUGAACUGGACAGCAAUACGAAAUGAUGUCUCGUUUUCCCCAUGCUGGGGAGUUUGCUAUCAUUGCACUGUAACUAAUAUUGUACAGAGUUUGUAAGUAAAGUAAACCAUUAUCCAAGCAGCGAUGAGCAGGACACCUCCGCAAUGCAGUUUCUGCUUCAGGCACAUUCCUCAACCUGUCAUUUUAUGUUUUGCUGCUAACUACACUGCCUGUUAAAAAAAGGCCAUUUGGAAUCACAACCCACACUAGUUUAUGCAGUUCAUCCUUAGCUACUUUUUAAGCAAUAUUUUAACAAGUGAACAACAAGAAAGAGGAAGAAAGAGCUUUUCUUCAAAUUUUGUUCAUAUCCAAACAAAAGCGGACUCAGUCUUGUCCUCUUGUGUGAUCUGUGGCAAACAAAAUUAAAAACAGUAAGUUUUUCUAACCGACACAUGAGCACCUCUCACAACAGACCUCAUGAUCAACAGCAGAUGAUAUAAUGAUGUUUACUGAAGCAAAGUGUUUGGUGAUAUGGACUGAAAUGAUGUUUCAGUGUCCGACACGCAAUGUCAUUGUUGGUAGCUCAGGGAACACACUGGACUCAUUGUAAAACAUACAGCCAUCAGGAAAAUGCUGACAAAUAACUCUCCUCUAUAAUGACUUUGCUUUUCUUCACAAUCCAAAUAGUGUUGUUGGUGGUGUCAUAGUAGCAUAACGCGCCCAAGCUCUCCAAACCUCAGUUUCCUUUCUCAGCUGUAUAUUAUGUUGUUUGUAAAGAUUGUUCUAAGUUAAUAUCGGACUGGGCAUUGCUAAUUGAUAUAUGCAAAUGAUAAAAUAAAUAAACUAUGUAAGAUGUUUGCCAAUCAUCCAACCAAGGUUUUAGUUCUACUGAUUCUUUUUUUGUUGGGGGUUGUCGUUUUAAAAAAUACAGUUUCUUUAUUUUGAUCGAUAAGAGCUAAUACUAAGAUAUUUUAUCACUUUAUUUUGAAGACAUAUUUGAACUUUAGGGUGACCUUAAUGCCAAAUGUCUAUCUGGAAUUUGACCAGCUGGUGCUAAUCAACAGAACCAACUGUGUGUUUUGAUUUUCUUUUUCUAUGAAACUGUUAAUAUUGUAUGAAGAGAGUCAAAAGAAGACCUGUGUAUUUUUCUAGAUGUCCAGUAUUUAUACCCACAUUUUGUACUGUCAGACUGUAGUGUGAUUGUCAUGCUUCACCUCUUUUCUUAAAUGUUCCUGGUUCCUUUGUAAAGAGAAAUGGUUACCAGCAGUGUUACUUUGGUAAUUAAUAUUAUUACUGUUAUAUUAUUAUUAUUAUUAUUAUUAUUAUUAUUAUUAUUAUUAUUAUUAUUAUUAUUAUUAUUAUUAUUGUUGUUGUUGUUAUUAAUGUUAUUACAGUGUGCAAUUUUGUCUGUUACACUAUACUUUAAGGCUAUAUUUUAUGUAACUAUUUCCUAAUUAAAAUUGAGAAAUCCUAUUUCAAACCGAGCUGCAGUGUGUACAUUAGUGUGUAUGUCUUCUGGACAGGCAGGACUCGAGUCAGCAGCUGAUUUAUUCAUUCCUUCUUUGAAUGUGCAAAAUAAAGGUUUGAAGAAAAACUGGAAAUGUUUCUCCCCCCAAGGGCAACGUGUGUAAUCACGCUUCCCUCGUUGAGCGGAGGCUCAGAGCGGCGACAGUCCGCUUCAGUGCGGAGGGAUUUAUAACUAUUAGUCCCUUGAUGGGUAAUUAUGUGUGUAUAAAUAAAAGUGGCUGUGUGAGCUCGGGUG